AUGAGGAACCCCAUAGACAUUUACGACAAGAGCAUUGCUAACCAAGAACCACUUCGAUCUCUAUUUGAGAAACAGAUUAUUUCCGGUGCCAACAACAUAAGUGCUGACGACAUUGACAGAUGUGCUCAAGAUUUGAUCAGAAACAACCUCGAUGCCGUUAACGCUUGGCUAGAAUUGUCCUUUCCUGCGAAUAAUGGCCCCAAUGGACAAACUAUUUUGGCAAAUAACGCAUCGGCACGCUUUUUCAUUGAAUUUCAUUGGAUUAAUCGCAGUAAAGGAUUUCAUCAUGCUAGGAGGUUUCUUGACGAGGAACGGACUAGAAGGAAAUGGCGCUUCAGAACAGGAUGUGUGAUUCAGAAGGGUUCGAAAGUAGCUUCGGAUAAAGCCCAGGCAAAACGUCCGGGAUCACUAUCAGCCAACGCGGCACCUUCACACGUCAUGGUAUCAUUGAAAUCUAACAAAAACAUUCACACCAAAUCAGAUACCGUCAGAUGUGGAAGUGCGCCUGUGCCCAAGUAUAAGAAUCCACACAACCUUGUGGCGCUGACAAGUGACCCUCGACGAUCGACCGGUUCUGUGAUGGAAACUUCGUCAACUGUACCACCCAAGAGUUCAUCGAGUCCAACAUACCACCGCAGUGAAAGGCUAUAUUCCUCCCAAAAUAAACGAAAAUUUUGGACUACCAACCCGUCGUCUAUCAAUAAUAUUGAAUCUAGCGUUACAUCAGUUCAUCCUUCAAAACGAUUACGCACUGUCUGUGAUGCCGAUGGCGGGACCAGCAAAAUUUCCGCCGGCUCGGUAAAGAAGAAAUGGGUUCCAGUGCAUGCAGCACCGUCUUUAUUAUAUGUUCGCAAAUUACGACCUCGGAAGGCCAACCAGGACUUGAGUCAAGAUCUACAUCAGUCUUCCACGCCAAAUAUUUUGACAAUGGAUAAUCAAAGAGUCAAAAAUCUUGAUAAUACCUCACUCUUUUCCAAUGAUCAGCAAACAAAAGGCACAGGCUCUGUACCGAAGUUAGUCCCUCUUGAUAACAGUAUAGCAGGCGAUACCAAGGACGUUGUAUUACACGAGGCUAUCAUGGAUGCUGACGAAACACAGACUGACGGUGCCACCUGGAGGGUAAAGGGUGCCAAGGUGACCACGAAUACGGACUCUAAGUUGCACGAGUGGCAAGAACCUAGACGGUCUCCCCGAAUCAGGGAGAUUGAAUCAAAGGAUAUGAACACUUGUAUGUCUGUUACGUUGCUGUCGUCCAAUACUCAAAAUGCAACGGGGGGCCCGGCUUCAAAUUCACGACCCAGGAAGAAAAAAGAAUGCGAUCUGCGAUCCUCUCAAAUAUCUGGUGCAUUAAGUAGGAAAAGAAAAAAAUCCUCGGAGUCGAAUAUGAAGCAAUAUCGGAUCAAAUUGGAUUCCUCGUCCCUCCCCGUUGAAUCUGCUACACAGAAAGGGGAGCAAUCUACGUCAGUCAACGGAAAGCCCAUAAAUGAUGGCUUUAAUUUUCAUUCAGCGAAAAGCCAUCGCAAGAAAAUGGAUAAUACCAUUCAUCUAUCGGUACCAUCUUCAGUGGUCGACGCGAAAUCUUUCACCAAGAAAAAGCAAACAAAAAAUCGCUUUCGCAAGAUAUCUGCUUCCGUGACGGGAAGCGCAAUAAAUCAACGAUUCAAAUCGGACAAUGUUCCUAUUACUUCGCAGGAGAGGGAUAGUGAUGCCCUUUUGUUUGACCGACAAUCCGAACGUUCCAAACAGUCAGACAAAUUAGAUUUCUUCCAGUCGUUAGAUAUUCAAACGAACAAGGUUGAUCUUCCGGUUCGAACUUUGCCACUGAUGGAAGUAACAGUUCCAACGCCUGCUGGAAUUCAACAUUCGGCGACUUGUCAAGGCGAUAUGACGACAAGUUUGGUUCCACACUCCGUCUCUUCAGUAAAUUCUGAACAUACAGUAGCUGAAGCCUCCACAGCUGUGCUUGAAUCAAAUGCUGUGCAAUCUAACUCUAUGGCAUCCGAAUGCCCUUCUACCUCUGCAUACCACGUAAAUCAACACGUCGAAAUACUCGAAGAAGAAUUACAACAACCAGAUGCUGGUUUUUCCUCAAAGCCUUUUCCCAUAUACCUCAGAGAAGUGGGUAUGGACGACGAGAAUACUUCAAUCAUGCCUUUUGAUGAUGACAUGAACCUUCCUGCUGAUUUAACCUAUUUGGAAGCAGAAGAUGUGGAGAAUGAACAGGACGACGUUAUCGAUACCCUUUGCAGGUUUCCCAAAACUCCAUUGCAAUUUUUGCCCCCCCUUUGGGCCGAGUCUCGGCAAGAGAUCUGCGAAUCAUUCGACUGGUUUCGCAGCUAUCAAGGUGGUGUCUACCAUGCUCAUAAUGUGGCCAAAGGAUAUCUUUUGGGGGGGUUUCCUGCCAGACGUGAUACCUUUGCGCACGGUGGUCGUUUAAUCAUUUCCCACGGAGGUGGUAAGGCUGAAAGUAUCCACUCCAAGCAAGGACAACUAUCGUCUCAGCCAGCCACUGACCAAUUGGCGCAAGAUAAAUCAGUUCGUGCGCUCUGGAAUACUUAUCAAAAUAAUCGACCACUCGUACUAUUAGUGGACGAAAGAUAUGCUCUUUUCCCUUAUGAUCUCAAAGCAAAAAAUGUCUCGUAUGCUGUUCUUGGAUUUUACACGAUUUCGGACGCUUGGGAAUUAACUUGCCCGUACUUUGAUAAGGGCAUUCCGUGGUGGCAUAAAGAAGCAAGCGACGAAAGUUGUUUCAGUGUUCCCAGUGCUGCCAAUGAUGACUUGAAUGACACCGCUCGUGCUGAAAUUAUUGCAGAGGGUUGCAACGCGACAGGAUUUACUACGACUGUUAUGUCCCAGUGGUCUAAUAACCAUGAUGCUGCAUCAGAACUGAAGGGCAUUAUAAGUCAUAAAGCCGACGACGAAGAUGAUAUUGACUCAAAGAAGUGA